UCCUCGCUCGACUGCCCCUGCAUCUCUCGCGGGAGCCGCGACGCUUAUCGAUUUCUCCUCCCUCACAAAACCCUAGGCCUCAACCACCAACCCAGUCAUGGCGACGCCGGCGUCGGUCGUCUCCGACGUGGCCGAGCCACAAGCCGAAGAAUCCCCUCAGGUUGAGGCAGCCGCCACGGCGGAACAGGAAGGGCCCAAGUCAGAAGCGGCCGCCGCGGCGGAAUCGGCAGGGGCAUCCAAUCCGCCCGCCGUCGCGGCGGCAGCCCCUGGAGACGCCUCCUCCGCUCCCUCUCCCUCUCCCGCUCCCACCACCGCUUGCGAUUCUGUGGUGGUGCCUCCUCCGGCUUCUCCAGCUACGCCCGCAGCACCAGGGCCGGCGCGGCCGCAAUUUGCAGGCUCCCCGGCCUACAUGGCGCCCCCUGGGCCGUCUCCGUCGCCAGCCUUUUCUUAUAAUGUACUGCCGAGGGCGCCACCAGCCCAGCAAGUUGGCAGCGGUGCAGCUUCAGUACAGCCAGGCUCUUCUCCGGCACCCAUGGCUGCUCCUAUGCCUGCAGCAGCUCUUCAGCCACCAGCUCCAGGGCAAUAUUUUGGGAACAGGCCUUCUUUCUCAUAUAACGUAGUCUCACAUGCUAAUGCUAGAUUGCCUACUGGUCAGCAGUUUCAACCUGGCACUGGAACAAAUCAUGCUGGUCAAGCUUCUAGAUUUAUUCCACCAGGUUCCUUGCAGCCUCCUGCCCCUGGGCCAUUAGCUCGGCCAGGUAUCCCAGGGGCUAUUGCACCUACUCCUGGAUCUAUUCAGUUGCCAUUUUCAGUGCCAAGGCCAUCCAAUAUUCCUUUUGGUGCUAGUGCGCAACAGGGCAACUUGGACAUUAAUACUUCGAAAUCAGAUGCCCCAAGUGUGCCAGAGGUUAACCCCCAUACUAUGCAGUUGCCUACUGGCCCGCCAUCAAAUUCCCCUUCAACAAUUGCAAGUGCUUCUGGAAGUUCUUCAAUCCCUAUUCAGAUGCCAUCAAAUCUGUCAUUGCCACCUCGGCCUGAGGUAUUUGGAACUGCUAGACCAUCUGUACCUGGACAACCUUCUCCAAUCUUCUCUAAUCCAACAAGCCUCCCUGGGAGGCCUAUUGUUCCAUCUGCUGCUCCUUUGCCCCAAACAGCACCAUCAAUUGCAAACCCAGGUGCUAUGCUGCAGAAUUCUCAACCAACAUUUUACCCAUCCUAUCCAGGGCAUGGUAUUGUCCCACCUCAACCAUUAUGGGGACACCUCCAUCCUCCACAGCCUACUGGGUUUCAGCAGCCUCCCUUCCAGUCUUAUCCUGGUCCUGUAGGGUCUCUUGGCAAGCCAAUGGUUGGGGCUUCUGCUGCGACUAUGGCCUUUGCAAAUGUCCAACCAUCUGGUGACCCAACUGCUGGUGAGGAUCGGAAAGAACAGAUGUCAACAAAUCCAGGAUCUGAACAGCCCACUCAUGCUUCAGCUGGGCCAGAUUCUACAGGACAUGGAGGUCAAGUCAAUGAACAGCUGGAGGACAAAAGAAGUACUAUUGUUCAGGGUUCGGAUGCAUGGUCUGCUCACAAAACUGAAACUGGUGUUGUAUACUAUUACAAUGCCCUGACUGGAGAAUCGACUUAUCAGAAACCACCUGGUUAUAAGGGGGAGCCUGAGAAGGUUGCAACACAACCAGUUCCAGUUUCUUGGGACAAAGUGGCUGGUACUGACUGGAGCAUAGUAACUACAAGCGAUGGAAAGAAAUAUUAUUAUGAUAACAAGCAAAAGGUUAGCAGCUGGCAACUUCCGCCAGAGGUGGCUGAACUCCUCAAGAAUGUGGAAUCUGACUCCUUAAAAGAAGGUUCAACUUCACUGCAGGAUGCUGCUACUAUAGAUAAUAAGGGAGUAAUAAGCAUUGAUGCAAGUACUCCUGCCAUACAGACAGGUGGCCGUGAUUCGUUGCCACUUCGGCAAACAGUUGCCCCUGCAUCGCCAUCUGCAUUGGAUUUAAUAAAGAAGAAAUUGCAGGAUGCUGGUGCUUCCAGUGCGCCUUCACCUCUCGCUACGUCUUCAUCUGCUGCUUCUGAAUUGAAUGGAUCCAAACCAGCUGAUGCUGCACUUAAGGGGCAGCAAGUGUCGAAUAAUUGUGAGAAAUCAAAAGAUAACAAUGGCGAUGCGAAUAUGUCUGAUUCCUCUUCAGAUUCAGAUGAUGAGGAACAUGGCCCAAGUAAAGAGGACUGCAUUCGUCAGUUUAAGGAGAUGCUAAAGGAACGAGGAGUUGCACCAUUUUCGAAAUGGGAGAAGGAACUUCCAAAAAUAGUGUUUGAUCCACGCUUUAAGGCUAUUCCUAGUCACUCAACAAGGCGGGCUAUAUUUGACCACUAUGUUCGCACACGUGCUGAAGAGGAACGGAAAGAGAAAAAAGCUGCACAGAAGGCUGCAGUAGAGGCAUAUAAAGAAUUACUGGAAGAAGCAUCCAAGGACAUCAAUGAGAAAACAGAGUAUCAGGAAUUCAAAAGAAAAUGGGGUGCUGAUCCUAGGUUUGAAGCCUUGGAUCGAAAGGAAAGGGAGGCUCUUUUUAGUGAGAAGGUAAAGGCUAUUCAAGAAAAAGUCAAGUCAAUGCGCAAAGCUGUCGUUGCCGACUUCAAAUCAAUGCUUCGAGAAAGUAAAGAUGUAACUUCAACUAGCCGAUGGACAAAAGUGAAAGAAAAUUUCCGGAGUGAUCCAAGGUACAAAGCCACGAAGCACGAAGAGAGGGAGACUAUAUUUAACGAGUACAUAGCGGAACUAAAAUCUGCUGAACAGGAAGCUGAACAAGCUGCCAGGGCCAAAGUGGAUGAGCAAGCCAAGUUAAAGGAGAGGGAACGUGAAACACGCAAAAGGAAAGAAAGGGAGGAACAGGAAAUGGAGAGAGUAAAAAUGAAGGUUCGAAGAAAAGAGGCUGUGUCAUCAUACCAAGCUUUGCUUGUUGAAAUGAUUAAGGAUCCCAAGGUAUCAUGGACAGAAUCCAAACCAAAACUUGAAAAGGAUCCGCAAGGUCGUGCUCUAAAUCCUGACUUGGGCCAAAGUGAUGCAGAAAAGUUAUUCCGUGACCAUGUCAAGGACCUAUAUGAGCGCUGUGUACGUGAUUUCCGGGCACUUCUAUCUGAGGUUAUCACUCCAGAGGUAGCAGCACGGACAUCAGACGAGGGGAGGACUGCGGUCAACUCUUGGAGUGAAGCAAAAUGUCUUCUAAGAUCUGAUCCAAGGUACAACAAACUGGCGAGUAAAGAUAGAGAGUCUAUUUGGCGGCGCUAUGCUGAUGACUUGAUGAGGAAAGUCAAACAAUCAGACACGAAGGAGAAGGAGAAGGAGAAAUCGGAUACAGAUGGCAAGCAACGUAGGUCCUCUGAUCCACCUAGGCGGAGGUAGCCGCUUAUAGUAACAGCCACCUAGUACUUCCUUGCUGUUGGUAGUUAAGCUCCUGCUUACACACUUUUGUAAUAUAUAUUGAGCUGCCAUCAUCAUCACAGCAAGUUUUGAUACUGAGAGCUUCCUUUUUUUUCUCAUCAUCACCAUCAUCAUCACAGCAAGUUCUGGAGCUAUCGUACGCCGUA